AUAUUUUGCACGGAAAGCAACAUUUUGUUCAUCAUACCAUAAAUUACCGUUACAAUGCUAUAAAACAAUAUUAAUACUAAGAUUUUUUUUAAGUGAAAUAUCCGAAUUUCAAAACUUUAAAAAGCUUCAAAUAUUGCGUUGACUUCCCUGGGCAUAGAGUAGCAAUGUCAGUUCACUCUCAGCGAUCGUGGCAAUCGGACGUUCGUUCAGUUUCUCCUCGUUUCGUGUACGAUCAGUGAAGCUAUUGGUCAUUUUCAGCUACCUGCACAAAGAGUGGACCGCACCAUUGUGUUGAAAGUGCAUUGUUAAAGAACAAAGUUGCUCGGAUACUUGUGUGUAUUUCGGUGGUUGACCUUGAUAUUUUUUUGUGAUCCUCAGCUGUAGAACCUUAAGCCUUUGCAGCUAAGUGUAUUCAGGUGAAAGGCUAGUGGCAGACACCUAGGUGCCUGCCACGACCAGUGCGAUGGCCUCAGGGCCAUCCCCUGGGGCGGGAAGUCUAUACGAUCCCCCUGACAAAAACUCUCAACAAAUGAAUUGGGCAAAAUCGGUUAAUGAUGUACCACAGACGGUUGAUGGUAGCUUUGCUGGCAGACGUGUUCCAGAAUGGAUGGAUCCACUCAAUGGUGAAUUAUCGAUACUAGUGAUGGCACCGGCGCAAGAACAAGGCACACUUCCAGAUAACCCUUGGUUAGUCAGAAAAUCCAUUGAAAGUUCUGUCGGUAACAUCGAGGACGCCCGACCCGAGAAUAGAGGAGCCAGGUACAUCCUGAAGGUGAGACAGGUUAAACAAGUUCAAAAAUUAUUGAAUCUGCGGGAGCUCACUGAUGGUACUAAAGUUAAGAUCGAUUUUCAUCAAACCUUAAACAUCAGGAAAUGUACAGUAUCAUGCCCAUAUGGUCUCUCGAUGACUGACAACGAGUUGCUUGAAGAACUUCAGUCUCAGCGAGUUGUUGAGGUAAAGCGUUUUUUGAGACGGGAUCCAAAAAAUAAAGAUAAUCUGCUCCCAACACCAACAUGCUUGAUUUCGGUCCAGGGAACUACACUACCGGAGUUUUUCUACUUCGGAUACGUCAGAGUUAAAACUAGAGCAUACUAUCCAAAUCCUCUACAAUGUGGAAAAUGCUACCGAUUCGGCCAUACUAAACGCAAUUGCCAAGAAGGGUCCAUCUGUCCGGAAUGCUCACUUGAGCAUGAAUAUAAUCAUCCUUGUCUUGCUGAAGCCCAUUGUGUUAACUGCAAAGGGCCACAUAGCGCUCGAGCAAGGGAAUGCCCAGUCAAAAUGGCGGAAUCGAAGAUAGUACGUAUCAAGGUCGACGAAGAUGUAUCAUACCCAGAAGCACGUAAGCGAUAUGACAUGAGACAGAAAUAAUCUAUUCAAGAGAGGCUGGAAGCACCAAAAGGACCUGAGCUAGUGAAGUUGCUAGAACUGAAGGACCAAGAAAUCGCAAAUCUCCGGCGAUUACUCGAGAAGUUAAUCAACGAAGUAGCAGAAUUGAAGAAGGACAAAAUCGGACAAUCUUACAUUUCUCAGCGCACCGGAAAAACUCAAGAAGGAUCUCUGAGCAGUCAGGAAGAAAAUCUGCAAGACGAAUCGCAAUACAUGGAAACCGAAGUGAGGACGGAUAACAAAACUACGAAACGACGUCAACCAAACUCGAUUCCAAACUCUCCUAACGGUAAUCGUAUGGCUCCACCAACAAAGAAAUUGUUGGAAAAUGGUAAAGAUCAAACUAACAAUCGCUUACUAACAUCGUCUAACGAUAGUAAACUUGAUUUUUCUCGGAUAGACAUAUCACCUGAUCGUGAUAUGGAUACAGAUCAGGCUUAAAGAUAACAACUGUCAGUAGUCUAUCAGCUUCAAUAUUAUUUCAACAUCAUUUUCAACCCAUCAACUAACGAUUCUAAU